AUGCGGAUGCUCAAGCAGCAGCUGAUUGGGCAAAAGAAGUUGGCCUUGAACUUUGGCUUGUUUGUCGAAGAGUCACCAGACAUUAGACGUUCUGAGAGAGUGGUUGCCAAUCAGAACAAUGUCAAAUUUAAAGUUCCCAAUUUUUCAACUAUCACGGAAAAAACGACAUUUAACUGGUUUCCAUGUAGUACGGAUCCUAAUUCCAUCUAUAGUGAAAAAAAUUUACAAAUGGCUACUACUUCAAUGUACAGUGUAGUAGGUCCAAUUUUCGUUUAUUUAAGUUAA